AUGCCAGCUCCAUUCGAAAAAGGUUCUGAGAAGAAAGGUGCCACUCUCUUCAAGACGAGAUGCUUGCAGUGUCACACUGUCGAAGCAGGUGGACCACACAAGGUCGGUCCUAACUUGCAUGGCAUUUUUGGCAGAAAGUCUGGUUUGGCUGAAGGCUACUCUUACACCGAUGCGAACAAGAAGAAGGGUGUUGAGUGGUCCGAGCAGACCAUGUCUGACUACUUGGAAAACCCUAAGAAGUAUAUCCCAGGUACCAAGAUGGCAUUCGGUGGCUUGAAGAAGCCUAAGGACAGAAACGACUUGAUCACCUACUUGGCCAGCGCCACUAAAUAA